AUGGUUUACGGCUCCACUAUUAUACUUCUCGCUUUGGCUGCUUCCUUUGGGGUAGUAACCUCCAGCCCUGUAAACUCGGGUAUUCAUGUUGAGGGCCAUUCAAAUUUGACCACAAGGGGGAUCAAAGCGUCAGAUCAAUGCCCUGCGAGCCUACCCAAUCACGAAGUGAGAUGCUUUUAUCAGGAGCCGACUGUUCGUGAAAGCGGCGUUACUGCCAGCGAGUUCUACAACUGGCUCUUAGAGUUCAGCACAAGUGUUUUCUCAGAGGAUGGCAAAGAUUCUAAGGGUCGCUUUUACCGGUAUUAUCCUGUCCCCAUCGAGCCAGGGGGUAAAUUGUGUGGACAACUCGAUUGUAUUGGAGACCACGCAAACGUCAAGCUCUGUGACUAUCGACCAAAUAAGCCCCCGAAGCGGGUGUAUAACUGGAGUUAUCACGGGAUUAUUACUAGGGUUCUUCGGCUCGGAGAGGAGUUCUGGCCUGAGGCUCCGCUAGAACUCAGGGGAAACCCUCUUAGUGAGGAAGAAUCUGUGCGGAAAUGGCGAGAAGAGCCGACUGAUACAGGGAGCUGCUGCUCUUCCUAUUACAACCCAAACAGAAUUCAACAGAGUACAGAUCGAAUAUGGGGUGAUAUUUAUUCCACUAGUGAGAAUGAGCUGGACCCAGUGGCUGGGCUACGAUUAUCUAUAGAGAGUAUUAGACAGCCACCCUCGAAUAAGACGAUUACCUGCGACAGAAGCAAGAAUAUAGUGCCGGUAAGGGUAAAAUUUGCAGAAGGGCGAACAUAA